UCUGCAACUGCUGUCCUCCUCCUCCCUCCUCUGCUCCACACUGUCGCACAGCCAUGGCGGACAGCGCGAGCGAGAGCGACACUGACGGAGCGGGGAGCAGUUCAGCCACUCCGAUGUCCUCCUCCGCCUCCAAUUCUGCAAAACCGAGCAUAGUCAUUUCACAGUUUCGCCUGGAAGAGCUGACGAAUCGUCUUGCAUCGUUGCAGCAAGAGAACAAAGUUCUUAAAAUUGAGCUGGAGACGUUUAAACUGAAGUGCAAAGCCCUGCAGGAGGAGAACCGAGACCUUCGCAAAGCUAGCGUCACCAUUCAAGCAAGAGCAGAACAGGAGGAAGAGUUCAUCAGCAACACUUUGUUCAAGAAGAUCCAGGCCCUCCAAAAGGAGAAGGAGACCUUAGCAGUCAACUAUGAGAAGGAGGAAGAGUUUCUCACCAAUGAGCUGUCAAGGAAACUCAUGCAACUCCAGCAUGAGAAGGCAGAGCUGGAGCAGCACUUGGAGCAGGAGCAAGAGUUCCAGGUUAACAAGCUCAUGAAAAAGAUCAAGAAAAUGGAGAAUGAAACCAUUUCAAAGCAGCUCACCCUAGAACAGUUGAGGCGAGAAAAGAUCGACCUUGAGAACACGUUGGAGCAAGAACAAGAAGCUCUGGUCAACAGACUGUGGAAGCGGAUGGACAAACUGGAGGCUGAGAAAAGAAUCCUUCAGGAAAAGUUGGACCAGCCCGUGUCGGCUCCGCCUUCCCCGAGAGACGUUUCCAUGGAAAUAGACUCGCCGGAGAACAUGAUGCGGCAUAUCCGCUUCCUCAAGAACGAGGUGGAGAGGCUUAAGAAGAGCCUGCGAACCACUGAGCUCCAGCACACGGAAAAGCGCGCUCAGUACAUCGAAGAGGAGCGUCAAAUGAGGGAGGAGAACAUCCGGUUGCAGAGGAAACUCCAAAGAGAGAUGGAGCGCCGGGAGGCUCUGUGCCGGCAGCUGUCGGAGAGCGAAUCCAGUCUGGAGAUGGACGAUGAAAGGUACUUCAAUGAAAUGUCUGCCCAGGGCUUGCGUGCACGGACCGUGUCCAGUCCCAUCCCCUAUACCCCCUCCCCCAGCUCCAGCCGGCCCAUAUCACCUGGUCUCUCAUUUGGAACUCACACAGUUGGUUUCACUCCUCCCGCUACACUGUCUAGAGCCGCCAUUUCCCACUACAACACCCCAGCCCUACACAUUCACGGAAGCUCCUCCCACGCUGUUGCAAGGCCCUCCCCAAGAAGAAGCACCAGCCCCGACAAAUUCAAACGUCCGACACCCCCGCCUUCUCCCAAUACGCACUCUGGGGCUCAACAGGCUCAGCCACCGCUCCCCCCGCCAGCCCAGCCGAUGGUCCAGUCCAUGUCCUCCCCAGCAGCCAUGUCACAGCACGCCGCCGCACCACAGCAGCCUCCCCCCCAGCCUUAAAGCCACACACAGUCUCCGUCUCUGCGCACGAGCGCGCCCACUGAAUGCCACGAUGCUACUGCAGCGACUUCCAUCAUUACCAGCUCCGGAAGUCAAGUUUCUUACUGUUCGAGACUCUGCUUUGAAAGGGUUGGUAGGGAGAAGAAACCAAACAGCAUCUUAGCCUUUGGUAAUGGUAGGCUGCCAAAUCCACGUGGCUUUACUUAACUACUCUUAAAGAAUGGACGGACUUACAAAUAAUCGCUUCUGGGAUUUGUAGACAAAUAUUUUUGUUCCAAUUUUUUUUUUUUUUUUUACUUUUUGCUUGGGACUUUAGCUGAUCGGAAUUGUUGUUGUGGCGCUUCUGAAAUAGCACAAACAGCACAUCCAGUAUGUGUCAUGGUGGUGUCUUAAUCAUAGAUCGAAUCAACGACACGAGUGAUAAAGAAAUGAACGGAUUCAUAGUUGUUUUCCUGCCUUUAAAAUGACACUCAACAGCAGUAAUGCUCUCCACUCCAGCUCACUCCUUUUUCAUUUUAAUAUCAAUAAUUCAAAGCCCGACUGCUUUGAUUUAAUCAGCAUAAAGUGUCAUAGAAAGAGUUUCUGUUAGAGGGCAUUGAUCAAACUGGACGUGUCGUUUUAGUUUCUGAACGCAUUCAGGACUGUGCUGCUCCUUAUGAUGAAAAGCAUUGAAGGUUAACCACAAAUAAAUGUCGCCUUUUUUGGGUUGUUUCAAGAAAAAAACAAAAAAAGAAAAAACAAGAAUAUAUAGUCUGAGGUGUUGAAACUUAGUCAUGUACUCAGUCUCUUCUCUGGUGUAUUUCUGAAAGCUUCUAUCAUCCUAAUGGAUAUUCUUCAUCAGAAUAAGAAAAUAAAAAGAUAAUGCUCUACACUAAAUAUACAUACUGCUAAAACAUUCUAAUUGAAUGGUACUGUUGAACUAAAUUUUAUGUAUGAUUAAAGCUCUUGAGAUGACGA